AGCUUUCAUGUACAUAAAGCCAUUUGCCCUCCGCUCAGUUCCAUAGUCUAAUAUUUUUCGUGGUUUCUUUUUCAUUCUUUUUUCUUCAUUCUUUCAUCAAAAUACACAUAUAUUAUAUUAAUGUCUACAGAAGAAAUUAUUGUUCCUACCUGUCAGGGAUGCUCAACAUCAAUAGAAGAAGGCGCUGUCGUUGCCUUUGGGGAUUCCUUAUUUCAUGUCAAAUGCUUUAUUUGCGCAAAAUGUCAGCAAUGCGUAGACAGUAAAACUAAUUUAUUACUGCUAGACGAUGGCAGACCAGUUUGUGACAAUUGCUCUUACAAUUGUGUAGCAUGUCAAACGGUUAUUAGAGAUGAAGCUAUUAUGACAGGCGACAAAGCAUAUCAUUCCAAUUGUUUCAAGUGUAUUGCUUGUAAGAAGACAAUAGAAGAUUUAAUAUUUACCCAAACUACCAAGGGUAUUUAUUGUACUGUAUGUCAUGAUUUACGGAAGGCAGAAAAAGCUCGAAGAAAAAAUAAACAAACUACUACUGCCGCAACGCCAGCACCACCAGCACCAGCGCAUUCUCAGAUCCAACCUGAAACCUCGACAUUGCCAUCACCUGUGCGUUCUCGUAACAAUUCUUUAAUAAGCAACAGUCCACCAGUUAAUGAAACACUUAAAAACGACGAAUCUUUUUUAACCGGAUUUUCACCGUUUACGCUUUCCUUUUUCGAUUCUGACUCUAGUGAAUUAGCAAACCUUUCAAAUUCCUUGGGCGCCAACUUAUCCCUCACAGCCGAUUCAAAAUCAAUAAAUGCUACACAGUCUCGCAUCAAUCGGGCCUCCGAGAUUUUAGAGUCUUCACUAAGAAGCUCUUCAUUAAAGCCUUCCGGAUUCACUAACGAACAAGAGUCAAACACUUCAGAUGUAAAGAAACUUAAACUCGAACUCUUGGAAGCUCGUUCGAGGAUAAAAGAAGUCGAGGCUAAUUAUAACACAUUGCAGGAUGCUAGUCAACAAGCACUGAACGAGUUUACUAAACUCAAAGAAGAUUUUGCUCGUGAAUCCAAUACCCAAAAGAAAUUAGAGCUUGUUAUUGUUUCGUUGCUAAAAAAGAACGGCGGCAUUUUAUCACGAAAAGAAAUAGACAGAUCAGCUCAGCUACGUGUUGAACUUGAACGCACUUGCAAAGAAAUGAUCAAUUACCGUGAUAAAAUCGGGGUUACAUUGGACGAAAAUGCCGACAAGCAAAAAAUAAGUGCCUUCUAUACUAGUUACCAAAAAAGCCUUCAGACGCAAACCAAAUCUCUUAUUUCUGAACGAGAUUUACUAAAGCAUGAGACAAAAUCAUUAAGAAAGAUUCGUGACGAUAUUGUGCAUGAAAUGGUUUUACUAAAUACGAAAAAUGAUGAAUUAACCACUAUAAACAACGACCUUUCCAGAAGAGCCAUCCAACAAGAGGAAAUUUCUGUACCAAUACUCACUCGCCAUACACCUCCCCCACUUUCUCCAUCACAAUCCACUGAUUCGUCCAACUUAUCUGUCGUCUGUAGAACCCGUAAACCUUCCGAUGCAAGCUCGGUGGUUUGUAAUGUCUCUUCCAGAAAUAGUUUUAUUAAAGAUCAGACACCAAAACUUUUUCGUAUCAAAAAGAAAAAAAGCACCAUGUUCGGUUUAUUAGGAGGCAGUAGCAGCAGUGUCAGUCUUGCCAAACCAAUUAAACCUGAGCCUUCACUUUCGUCCUCAUCGUCAAAAUCUACAUAUGGAUCCAGUAAACCCGGUAUUUAUAGCAGCAAGAAUCUCAAUAAUAGCUCUCAAAGUUUGCAUCCUGUCGACUCUAGAUCUAUAUCUAAAAACAAGGCCUUUAUGGAUUCUACUGCCUCAUUACAAAUAACUCAUUCUCAUCAUGGAGGUACUAGUAGUCAUUCUUUUCAGCCGAUGUCAUUUUUGCGACCGGUCAAAUGUGGUGCCUGUGGCGAUAAGAUUUGGGGUAGAUCCGAAUAUCGCUGUGAUCACUGUGGGUUUUCCUCUCACUCUCGCUGUUUAAGCAAAGUACCCCAAAAUUGUUACUCAUCUACAAGUAGUACUUUGGACUUGACUAGUGAAUUCUAUGGAAGCACAGUCAAUUUGUCGACCAUUAGUCAUUCCUCACCACCCUCCAAAAAAUCAGUGUCUGAUGGCAGUAUGUUUGGUUUUGAUUUAUCGGAACGUGUUCUAAUCGAAAACAGGGAUGUGCCGCUCAUUGUUAAUGAAUGUAUUAAGGCGGUCGAAGCAAGGGGUUUGGAGUAUGAAGGCAUUUAUCGAAAAUCUGGCGGGGCUGCUCAAAUGCGUGCAAUUCAGCUUGCUUUUGAUCAGGGAGACAAAAUUAAUCUUUGCGAUGAGGAAGAAUAUAACGAUUUUUGCGCCGUCACUAGUGUAUUAAAGCAGUACUUCAGGGAACUUCCUAACCCUUUAUUCACAUUUGAACUCUAUGAUACGUUUAUCAACAUAUCUUCCAUGAAUGCCGAUAACAAGAAGUUAUCAGCCUUUACUGAGGCACUAUCCCAGCUUCCCAAGGCUCAUUUGGAUACCAUUGUCCUUUUAUUUAGACAUCUUGAGAAAGUCCAGAAAUUAAGCGACGAAAAUAGAAUGACCAUAAAGAAUCUGUCGAUGGUUUUUGCGCCUACAUUGAUGCGCCACAGUGAUCCAUCAAGGGAUUUCUUAGAUAUUAGUUACAAGAACGCAACGAUUGAAUACGUAUUGUUACAUACAUCCGAAUUGUUUCCUUUGUAAUUCUAUAUAACCCCAAACUUCACUCUUUGUAUAAACUCUUUUCUGUAAUUUUACUUGUGUACA